AUGCCCCAGUUGCCAUUAUCCCAGUCGCCAUUGCCCCAAUCGCGCGAACUCGGUCUCGCAACUCCGGAGAGGACGGCAACGAAACCAUCACCCUUUUCCAAAUCAUGGCCUCAUCUCGUUGCUGGAGGCGUCGGGGGCAUGACCGCAGCUGUCCUCACUGCGCCUCUGGACGUCCUAAAGACGCGGCUUCAGUCCGACUUCUACCAGGCGCAGCUCCGCGCCGCGAGAGAGGCCGCCGGUCAGGCGCGGCUCAGCCCUCUACGGUCCGUCACCUACCAUCUGACGGAGACGAUGCAGAUCCUGCGCGAUGUACACCAACUGGAAGGGUGGCGCGCCCUAUUCAAGGGCUUGGGACCGAACCUGAUUGGCGUCGUCCCGGCACGAAGCAUCAACUUUUACGUGUACGGCACCGGCAAGCGGGCGUAUUCGCAGUGGACCGGUACCGCCGCCGACAACCCGGCCGUGCACCUGGCUAGCGCCGUGACCGCAGGCAUCGCGACGGGCACGGCGACGAACCCGAUCUGGCUUGUCAAGACCCGGCUGCAACUAGACAAGAACAACGCCGAGCGCAAGGGCGACGUGAACGCGCGGCGGUACCGCAACAGCUGGGACUGCAUCCGCCAGGUGAUGCGCGACGAGGGGCCGCGCGGUUUCUUCAAGGGCCUCAGCGCUAGCUACCUCGGCGUCACGGAGAGCACUCUGCAGUGGAUGAUGUAUGAGGAGCUCAAGCGUCAGCUCCGCCAGCGCGAGGAGCGCGUGGCGCGCAGCGGUCGCCCUAAGACUUGGUGGGACCAUACCGUUCAUUGGACCGGCAACUUCAUGGGUGCGGGCGUCGCGAAGGGGCUGGCAUCCAUCUUGACAUACCCGCACGAGGUCGCAAGGACACGUCUUAGACAGGCCCCGAUGACAAACGGGCACCCCAAGUACACGGGGCUUGUGCAGUGCUUCCGACUCGUCUGGAAGGAGGAGGGUUUCAUCGGACUGUACGGCGGCCUUACUCCGCAUCUCAUGCGCACUAUACCCUCGGCCGCCAUCAUGUUCGGCAUGUACGAGGGCAUCCUAAAGAUCCUUGGCGCCAAGAAUUGA